UUGUUGAUAAAUUAUAGAAGAUUAUCAUCAAAUUUGAUGUUAUCGUGAAGUAGAUCCUCUUCAACCUUGACUGAUUCACUCCCUUGUGAGUAAUUUUCACCAGUCAUGACUCUGUCAAAGUCUAUUUCUUGAGUUUUAACAAGUUUAGGUUCCUGAAGGAUUUCUUCGAUAUCAUACUUUAACUGGUAGCUUGGAUGAAAUUAAUGCCAUUCAUUGAAUGUUUCGUCUUAUGGCUACUCUCAUUCAUGGAGUGAUUAGACCUAUGUAUUCUAUUACCAUCCUUAUCAAACUGGGUAUCUUCUUCAUCGUGCUUAUUGAUUUACUUAAUAGUGUUGUUUUCAAAUGUCAUAAGCCUUUCUUGAUUAUCUAGUGGAGCUACUUCAAAGGGAAUUCUUCUGAUUUUAACUUAUCAAGUUCUACAAGGGUUUCCUCGAUCAUUUUUUUAAUAUUUCUUUUUAUGUUUCUUUUUAUAAUAAUUUACUUGACUUCAGCUCUUUAGACUUCUCUGGGCCAAGAUCAAGCUUAUCUACAUCCUCUAAGAUCUUGAACAGGUUAAACUGAGGAUCUCUGAAGAAGUCAUUAUCCUCAUUAAAAAUCACAUCUUGGUUCUCAGUAUUAAGAAUCGAAGAGAACCCAAUCCUACAUAUUGGGUAGUUGUUAUUUGGCUCUAGACUACACAAAGGAUUUGGUAUAUUCGGUUCUUUGUAAUCAAAUUGCUAUGGUGAGCGUUUUACAGACAGGCUGGGUUGGAAUAGAAGUUUCCAUUCAAUACUUCUAAGCCUUCACUAUAUAUACAGAUAUCUUCCAUCCUUUCCCGCAAAUUAUCAGCAUUUACCCAUGAAAUAUAUGCCUCC